CGCCGGCCCGCGGCUUCAGCGAGAUGUGUCAGGCGUCAGGCGCAGACCGGAGCGAAGCCCACAGGCGCCGCAGUGUAACCGAAGCAAAGCGCACUGUCAGCGCGGACGCAAUCAUGGACAAUUCCGGGAAAGAAAAGGAAGCACUGGCCCUCAUGGCAGAGGCCGAAAGAAAAAUCAAAUCGUCGCAGUCUUUCUUCGGGACGUUGUUUGGGGGCUCAUCGAAGGUUGAGGAGGCAUGCGAGAUGUACGCACGCGCUGCCAACAUGUUCAAGAUGGCCAAGAACUGGAGUGCGGCGGGGAAUGCCUUCUCCCAGGCAGCACAGCUCCACCUGCAGCUGCAGAGUAAACAUGAUGCCGCCACCAAUUUCAUUGACGCUGGCAACGCCUUCAAGAAAGCCGACCCACAAGAGGCCAUUAACUGUCUGAACCGAGCCAUCGAGAUUUACACCGACAUGGGUCGUUUCACCAUCGCUGCGAAGCACCACAUGUCCAUCGCUGAGAUCUACGAGACCGAGCUGGUCGACAUUGACAAGGCCAUCGCUCACUAUGAACAGGCAGCCGAUUACUACAAGGGAGAGGAGUCCAACAGCUCUGCUAACAAGUGCCUUCUCAAAGUGGCCACGUACGCAGCUCAGCUGGAGCAGUACCAGAAGGCCAUCGAGAUCUACGAACAGGUGGGCACCCACGCCAUGGACAGCACGCUGCUGAAGUACAGCGCCAAGGAUCAUUUCUUCAAGGCUGCGCUGUGCCACUUCUGUCUGGACAUGCUCAACGCCAAGCUGGCAUUACAGAAAUAUGAAGAGAUGUUUCCAGCAUUUUCAGACUCCCGGGAAUGCAAACUAGUGAAGAAACUUCUGGACGCCCACGAAGACAACAACGUGGAUGCAUAUACCGAUGCGGUGAAGGAGUACGAUUCCAUCUCCCGGCUGGAUCAGUGGGUCACGACGAUGCUUCUCCGCAUCAAGAAGACCAUACAGGACGGGGAGGCUGACCUGCGCUAGCCCCGCCCCUCCCAGCCCCUCUCCCCUCGCCCUCCCCUCUGUCUCCCACCAGUCUCUGCUGCACCCCGCCCCCGUCUCUGAACCCCCCCCCUCGUUUGUUCCUCCCCACCUCGGAGCGCCGUCUCUCGUCUCUGUCGCCUUGUGUGCUGCAGCCCUGUCCUGUCCUCUGAGCCCCCUGCUCUCUCUCUGGGUCCUGCUGUCCAGCAAUAACAGUCCCUGAGCCAGCAACCCCUCCCUCCACACACACACACCCAGAACACUAAUGACCACAGAGCACAGAGAGAGAGAGGGGCAGAGCCGAGGACAUCCAGCCCAGAGGCUCCCACGGAUAGAAACCGGGCUCGAUCGCUCGGUCAAACGGGCCAGCCUCCUGUCCGGCCUGACCUGCCCUGACUGACCACUGGAGCACAGGCUCUUCCCACGCACUGCGGCGUUCCCUGGAGACACCAGUUCCUCCUGCCUGAUCCACCGGGUCUUGCCUUUUUUUAUGUGACCCGUUUCCUGACGCUUCUGGCCUUUCCACUAGUGUUGGCGCAGCUGCGUUUCGACCGCCGUAGAGCCGAAGGGCCGGAUGCCACGCAGACGAAGCGGGUUUGCCUCCCCGAGCUCCGAGGGGAUCCGCGGGGUCCGGCCCCGGUUUUCUGGGCCCCGUCGUGGAAGAUCAGAAAGUGCCGGGAAGGAUCCGGAGAGCCAGGAAGAGGGGAGUAAAAUAUCUUGAUUUCGCUUCAACCUCCUGGGAGCUUUUCCUCUGGAGCGCAGUGGGAACGCUGGUCAGUUCAACGCAGCCGGUCUGGACGGACGCUGCCACUCAGACUGAACGUGAAGGGGAAAACGGACUACGACACGGAAAGGGGCUUUUAAAACGGAUUGUGUGAGUAAAGAGAAGUCGUUGUAGCGUGGUUUGGGUAAAGCAGGCAUCCUUUGGAGUUUUUCUUUUUGCUAAAUGAAGUAAGGAGGGAGGAGGGAGGGGGGAGGGAGUCUUCCCGCGUGCAGAUACACCCAGACUUUCACAACCAGCAUCCCUCCCCAAUACUCCACAGCUGGCCGGAAACUGGACCGUCUCGGGUCCUCGGAAGGGUCUGGCAGCCUCUUGAGCAGACCCAGAGCAUGGCAGGGGUCUGAGGCGUCCGAGGAAGCCCGCGAGCUCGAUCCAGGCGGUCCUGCAGUCUUGACUGGGCCGUCGCUCCGCGGUCCCGCCGUCUCGCCCAGCAGCCUGGCCUUCGAGCGCGUGGCCCGGCGGUGCGUUCUCGACACCCGCCCCCAGCGCCCCGAGUGCAGGGGCGUGCCUCCUGAUUUCUGCACUAGAAAUGAGGCCGUUUGGCACCUGCGGUGUUUAGGAAGUGGGUCUCGUAGGGUAACUGGUUCUGUUGAAGGUGCUGCAUUCAGUCCCGCUGUGCCUGUGAGAUUUGGGCAUCACGGCUGCCUGUGGGCAGUUACACACGCAUGUAUAUUUAUUUUGCUGGCCUUGUUGGCGACAGCCUGUCCUGCUCACAGAGCAGGCCCUUGCUGACACAGCUACCUGCUUUAUGUUCACAUUAAUUUUCCUUCCUUGGCAAGUUCCUUCGCUUCUUCUUCUUCCCUUGAAACGUGUUAAACUGCUUUAAAUAAAGCCUGGUUCUUUUGUUACUGUAUUAUUGCAAGUGUCCUGGCUUCGGCUUCAGAGGUGAAGAUCGCCCCGUUCGGUUGGGUUCGGUGGGCGUUGCGUGGGAAUCCCUGACCUUCCUCAGGCCUUGGGGUACACGGAGGGGGUGGGCGGCCGUGGUACUGGGGGUCUGUCGGUCUCCAGGUGGCUGAGCAGAGUCCCCAGAGAAAAGGUCGUUGGGUUUCACUGGCUCCAGCUGGCUGUCCAGCUGCACUGAUCUGAGGCCCCCAGGUCUCCUGGCUGCCUGCCUGAGCGCCGGCUGGCGUGAUUGGAUCUGUCACUGACUGGAAUUGCUCUGGGCGGAAAGCCCUUUGCACAGACGGGCAGGGGCUGGCCCGCACCGGCCCGGUCCAGACUUUUUCACCGUGGUCCGGUACUAGUUGGGUUCUCCUUCGUCGACUCUGCAGCAGACACAGGCAGGGGGACUCUGGUCUUCCACUAAUGGGACUUCUACAGAACCAGUGCAGGCUGAUACUUCCAUGCAGUGGCGAGACGCUUUUAUUUUUCAAAAAACAGCUACAUGUCCAAAAAGAACCAGUCUUGACUGUGUUUUGCCCUGUAGGAUGACCUUUUAUUCAGCCUACAACAAAAACGAACCUCUGCUUGUUCUUAAAAUUCAUGAACUACAUGUGGUGAUAAUUAUCAUCAUGGUGGCUUGAAUACUAGCACCUCAUAUCGUGAAGGAAAUCUGUUUUCUUCAGUUUUCUAUCCAUAGUGUCUCCUCUACAGUUAUUGAACAGAACUGGUUUGCCAUUGGAACGGCUACUCAUAGGAGACAUUCUCACAGGUUAACCCAUAUUAAAUACAGAGGGCCCAGACUUGCAGCCGCAGAUGUGAAAAAUCUACAGGUGCAGACAAAAUACUUGCACGCCUGUAUUUGUGUGCAUUCAUGCGCGUUUAUAAUGUAUAUCACAUAUAACAUGAACGUUGUUCAUGCGAGACCAAAAACACAGUUAAUACGCCUAUUGUAAUAUUCUCCUCUGUCCCUGGACUGCGUACCUCAAGGACAAGCUGCGAUAUCUCAAAGUGCCACCAGGGGGAAGCACACCCACCUACCUUCAUAAUAAAUACAGUCUGUCGUAGAUGAUAGGCAAUAUUAUAAAGCUGUCUUCUGUACUAUUUUAUGAAUUUGCAAAUUGCACCUUGCUCUUUGAAACCCUAUUUUGAAAGAAAAAAAAAUAAACUAUAAACCAAC